GUUGUCGGAUUCGGUUAUGAGUUUAAUUUCUUUUUUUUUUUCCUUUUCCUGGGGUUUGUUGAAUUCUCUUAUUAAGCUCAGAUUUAAUGGGUUAGGGAUUUGGGUUUUAAGAAAGUUUCGAGCUUUUGUUCGGAUUUUAUGUUUUUGUUCGUGUUCUCGAAUUGUAGAUGGCAAUUGGAUUUAUUUGGAUCGUGGGUCGGUUUAGAAUCGUCCUUUUUGGAAAAAGAAACUGGGAUUUUCACAGGAAUGCUGAUGUUUGCGUUCUGGAAUCAAGCAAGAGACAAGCUUCAGAUAUAUUCCUCUGAGUCAGUUGGAUUUAGUUUUGUCGGCUUUCAUGUCUGGGUUCUUCUUAGGUGAUGUCUCGCUACUGUACGGAAGAAUACAAUUGGUGCUUUACUGGGUCCAGAUGCUGAACCUUCUUAUCAUCUGUGGUUUGACCCAAGAGCGUGUCCAUGUCUACUCAGAAUUAUAGUUUUACGGACUUAGGACAGUUGACAGAAGUAUGUUGGGUAUGGCAGUGAAUACAGCUUCUGUCCCAUAUCCAUAUACCCCGGACAAGACAUUAGUUCCGUAGAUAUUGCAGCAUCUGAUAAUUGCAUGGUGUGUUUGUGACUAUUUGAGAGCUGAAUACAACCCGGAGCAUGAUCUCUUGGAGCAGGAGUUUAUGCUGAAAGGGAGAUGGUACCAAAGGAAGGACUUAGAGGUCAAAAACAGCAGGGGAGAUGUCCUCCAGUGUAGCCAUUACAUGCCGAUUGAACGCCCCGAGGGAAAGCCUCUGCCCUGUGUAAUUUACUGCCAUGGAAACAGUGGAUGUAGAGCUGAUGGAAGUGAAGCCGCUAUUGUAUUACUUCCUUCAAACAUCACAGUGUUCACCCUCGAUUUCUCGGGAUCCGGUCUAUCCGGAGGGGAGCACGUCACGUUGGGCUGGAACGAGAAGGAUGAUCUCAAGGCUGUGGUCGACUAUCUAAGAACGGAUGGAAAUGUGUCACUGAUUGGCUUAUGGGGCCGUUCGAUGGGAGCUGUUACCAGUUUGAUGUAUGGAGCUGAGGAUCCAUCAAUUGCGGGAAUGGUUCUUGAUAGUCCAUUCUCUGAUUUGGUUGAUCUCAUGAUGGAGCUUGUGGAUACAUACAAGUUCCGUUUGCCGAAAUUUACCGUAAAGUUUGCGAUACAAUAUAUGCGGAGAGCUGUUCAGAAGAAAGCAAAGUUCGAUAUAACGGAUCUCAACACCAUUAAGGUAGCAAAGUCUUGCUUUGUUCCAGUUUUAUUUGGGCAUGCCAUAGAUGACGACUUCAUCCGGCCUCAUCAUUCAGAUCGUAUAUAUGAAGCAUAUGUAGGAGACAAAAAUAUCAUCAAAUUUGAUGGGGAUCACAAUUCUCCUCGCCCGCAGUUUUACUUCGAUUCGAUAAACAUUUUUUUCCAUAACGUUCUUCAACCUCCGGAAGCUGUCGGUCCAACAUUUUAUGACCCCUUGGAUGAUUAUUUUGUAAAGGGCAGUUGGAGCACCAUGCGUGAACCGAAUCUUCCGCAAUCCUCAGCACAGAAACAUGCAGGAAACAUCUCUGACGCACUUAAUGAAGUUCGCACGAAAAGACCUAUGAGUCGGACUGAGGUUCCUUCCAAUGUCACAUCCAACGAAUCUUCGUCAGAAACCAAGGAAAAAGACGGUCAUGAUUGCCAUGGAAGCCCGUCUUCCGACAUGAUUAGCUUCGAUUUGUCGAACGGUGAUCCGUACCCUCCUCAUCUUGCGGUUUCUGUAGAAGAUGAUCAGUAUGUUGAGUAUCAGUUCGAGGAUUUGGGAGAUUUCCCAUCCAACGCAGAGGAGGAAGAAAGGAUGUUAAUGGAAGCAGUGAUGGAAUCUCUAAAGGACUUGGAGGUGCAGAAUCAUCAGAAACAAGAAAGCUCUGGAACCGAUGACGGAGAAAAGGAUAACGAGACCGAACAAGAACAAGGUGUCUCUUCGAGUUCCGAAACAUGCAGCCAGGAUGUAACACUGUCGUCUUCUGAAGCCAAUGCUGCAUGCGAGACCUCGGCCUCGGCCUCCUUGCCCGAGCCAGUCCCACCAGCUGACUCGUCCCUGACUGAUUCCACCGAUAUGUCGGCACGGACCAAGGCUACAGUCACGGUUGAACGUAGUAAUGCCCCGAGCAACGUUCUAGACGGGUUAAUACGCCGAUGGGAUCUUAACUUCUUCAAGAACAGAUGAUCCCGCUCGGACUGGAAGCUGAGUUCCAGUUUUGUGUGUUUGGUUUCACAUUUGGGUGUCUGUAAAAUAUAUUCGACCGGAAAGAUGGAAAAUCUUUCCAAGGGGACAAUAGGGUUUGGUCUUUGUGUCAAAGGCUGUUCAGUGAAGAAUCAUUACUGGUUUUGGUUUAUGGUUUUUUAUACGAUUCUCUAUCCAAAACACUGUGUUCUUCAUUUUCUUUGUCUCUGCAGAAGAAGAAAGCCGUGUGUUGAUC